AUAAUAAUAAUAAUAAGGACAAUUUAUAUUGCGCAUGUAUCCACCUAAAAAGGUGCUCAAAGCGCAUGAAGAAGUUAAAGUUUUAGAAUAUGCAAUUAAUACACGAAUAUGCAAUGAAUAAAGAUCACCAAUAACUAUGCCAAACUGUUUUAAAUGGCUUUAUGUCUCCGAGAUGACGUUAGAGGAACUGUUCAAUUAGGAACAGACUGCUGUAUUGCCAUACAAUUCAGUUCUGCUAUAGUUUAUGACACACGAGUAUUACUCAUUGCUUGGCUUAUGUAGACUCACCCCAAAAAGUCUUGCCUGGACCAUACCCUUUCCUUUUCCAAAUUAGCUAGGCUGUUUGGAAGAGGUAGUUCAUUGGCAUGGAGCUUGCUUAACCCAGGCUACCUUUUCCCCUACUGACGUCACGGAAACAUUGCUGAGUAUUCCUCCGCAGGUGUUUUUUUCUAUAGCUUCGAACCUACGAAUCCAUGAACUAUAUACCACGGCCACUGCAGACAUACUCAUGGCGGUCUUAAUUUGGAAUGAAUCUUUCUAGUAUUAUGUUUUAAGAUUACAAAGAAUAAAGCUUUGCUGUGCCAGUGGAAUGUACAAUGGAUGGUUCAUGGAGAGGAAUUUGGGGUGUUUUGACACUGUUUGCUGCAUUUUCGACGAGCAUUGCUGAAGAACCGGAAUUCUUAGUCCCAUCAACCAAUGUUGAACCUGAGUUUUGUGAGGGUUACUUUGACGACAACAAUAACUACCACAUUGGGUUCCAGUGCACCAGUACCGAGGAGAAUCCUGAUGCCACUUACUGCUGUGGAUCACCUACCAACAAGUACUGCUGUGACGACAGGCCCGGCGACCUCGACAUUGGAUCUUUAAACGUCGGCACAUUGGUAGGAGCCAUCGUCGGUGCCGUCGCUCUGGUAGCCAUCGGCAUCAUCCUGUGUUGCUGUUGUUGUUGCUGCCCGUGCUGCCUUUGUUCCAGGAACAGAAAUCAUGUAGGCCGCCCUCAUCGGGGAAGGUCAAGAUCAGCUGCUAGGUUAAUAUCUAGGGACGGUAUAAGAGCGACUUUAAUGAGAGUAAGGGGGAAAAGGCCGGCCCCACCAGUGCCUGAAGGUCCAAGAUCAAGGACUUCAGGGUCACCUACUCAACAACAACCCCCACCCCAAUCAAGUUACCCACCACAGUCUUAUCCCCCAAACCAGCAAUACCCUCCCCAUCAACAGCAAUACCCGCUUCGGCAGUACCCACAAUACCCACACCAGGACUACCCUCCCAAUUACCCUCCCAAUUACCCCACUCAGCCCUACCCACACCCCGUCCCCCGAUCGGUCAACCAGUCUUAUGACCCUCGCUGCGAACCCAUGGUGCCGUCAUGCUCAGCACCUCCUCCACCAUACACUGCUACGUCCUCGGAGUCAGAGCAACAUCAGCAAGCAUCACCCCUGCAAGACAAGCACAGCCCUGCGAUGAUGGAUGAUCGCCCUAGUCCCACUUAUCAGCCACCAGUUUCGCCAAGACCGCGGCCAGCGUCCAAAGGCCAGGCUCCACCGCUGAUAGACAAGCAAAGUUCAUCCGCUCACGAUUUUCCAAGUGUAGCAUAUCCACCACCCUCGAGGAGAGUUGCGGGACCCCCGUCUGCUCCUCCACCGGAUGAAGACUAUCCAAGGAAGAUGUAGGAAUUAGGUGUCUCCAAAAAGCAUCAAAGGAAGUUGUAAGAUUGCUCCAACAAGCAUCAAAGGAAGAUUUUAGAAUAAUGUGUCUCCACAAAGCAUAAAAGGAAGAUGUAAGAAGAAUGUGUCUCAAAAAAGCAUUCAGAGCUGUGGAAAAAAGGACCAUCAAGACUCAGUCUCGAACAAAUAUGGGGGGAAAAACAUUUUGUGCCAAAGCGUAUUAAUUUAAUCGAAGAAUGAGAAUAAUAUGCAACAAAAUUGUUGUGGUAAGCAUAAAAUGUUGGGGUCUAAAAAGUGGGCUCUGUAUAAAAUUUAAAAACAUGUUAUUAACAACUAAUAAAGUGAAGGCCAAAUGUAAGAUUAUUUGGUUGCAAUGUUUUGUUAUUAUCUACGAAUCGCUGCAAUUGACAGGGUCAAGUAUUUCACUAUUAAUGGGCAAGUUAUAUAAUUUUGAGUAAGCAUACGGUGAAGAAAAGAUUCAAGUAAUUGGAACUGUAAAGAAUAUUUAAAGAGUUUGGUUGUAUAAUAGUGAGACAGUAAUAAUUAAGUUCAACUUACGUCGGAGUAUAAUGAGCCUACCUUUUUGGACAAUAUUUUGCGGUCAUUUAUAAGUGCAUUCGUGCUUUAUUUUAUGUAAAGUAGGCCUAUAAAAGGUUUUGUAACAAUUAAGACUAUUUCAAGAGAAACUAGCAAAGAUAGGCUAAAUUUUGUCAGUUUUCUAUGAUUAAUUCCAGUUUAAAGAUAGAUGUAAUAUUUGAUAACUUUUAAUGUUGUACAAAAAAAAACAUUUUGAACUUAAGGGGUAAUAUUUGCAUCACAAUCCUUGAGGUUGUUCAGCUUGUAUUUUGUUUACAAAGUGGACCCCUAGAGACCUACCUAGACAAGUAUUCUACUUCAUAACGGGACGUUGGCGCUCUGCUAAUCAUUUUUUUUUUUUUUUUUUUUUUUUAGAAAGAUGCAAUAUUGAACCUUUGUGACCUUUUUCUAAUGCUAAUGUUUGUUUUAUUUAAACCUUCGUUAGUUUUAUUUCGUUUCUGUCACUUCAUCAUGGACUUGCCGCCACAGCUAAUGACAUUAAUGUUUUCAUUCCUUGUCCAUUUUUGUAAUUUAAUUUGUAUUCAGGAGUUCUCUUGCACACGUUGGUUUACUGUUUUUGGUCGCCUCAUAGGUUUUUUUCCCCUCUAAUUUUUCCGGAUCAAAUUAAAAAUAUUAAAAUUAUCAUUGUCUUUCCCCUA